AUGCUAUUGCUGUUGGUAUGCACCUUCUGGAGGCAUCAUAAUCUUGUAAUACGCUUUUCAGAUGAUGACAGUGGAAGUGACUUGGAAGAAUCUAGUCGACAAAAACCUGUUGAAAAUAAAUCCAACUCAACUUGGGAUGGUUCGCAGAGACCCCUAACUUCAUCUGUACCAAAUAUGAACAAGUUAGGACAGACUUCUAGGAAUAUUACCAGAGUAAUUCCCAAGAAACCUUUAAGCCGUACAUUUAUCUCAUCAAUGACCAAGACCAAUGGUAGGGCCAAUCCCAAGGUUUCUGUUUCUUCGGUUGAUCAAGGAUCACAAGUUAGAUAUUUUAAUCCCCACAACAAAAAUGUGGCUUGCCAAGAUCUUUUGCCUGAGCAAGGUGCAGUUUCCAACAAUAGUAAACUACAGGACUUGAGACAUCAGAUUGCACUUAGGGAAAGCGAAUUGAAGCUUAAGGCUCAACAUAAGGAAACAACAACUAUGAACCUAGAAGAUAGUGGAGGAAGGAAGUGGAUUGCAGCUUCAGCAUAUGCUGGUUCAAUAGAUCCAAAAGAACCACAGAAGAAACGCUUGAAAGCCGGAGAUUCUAAUUUUACCCAGUCAUAUUCAGGUGCCCAACCAGAGGUAAGUCAUGUAAAAUCUAAUUCAGUGCCAAAAGACCAAAAAAUGGAGACAAACAGUCUUCAGAGCAAGGAUAAGGUUGAGCAAAGCAAGAAAGUAGCUCCAGUAAGCAAAGCCAUGUCAAACAUUAAAUGGAAAAGAAAGAUGACAAGCUGGUUGAUAUUUCAUCAGAAGACACAUCUAAAGUGGUGAAGGAUGGUGUCGACUUGCAUAAGAAUUUGCAACAAUCCAAAAGGUCCAGUAGGGAGGUUGAUCCAAGUGUUUUAGCAAAUAAGACUGCACCUUUAACAAACAUAAGUGCCAAUGCUAUGCCAAAUAACUUGGUAAGUUG